CAACCCGUGGGUCUCUCUCCACAGACAGGCUCUCUGCAGUGAACUCUCCGGCGCCAGCAGCUGCUUGAGGAAGAUGGCUGGGAAUGCAUUGAGGUCAACGGUGUCCCGUGUCUUGGGAGCACUAACAAGCCAAACGCAGCCCAGGACUUUUUCCAGAGGACUGCAAACUGUAACACUAAUUCCAGGAGAUGGAAUUGGACCUGAGAUCUCCACAGCUGUAGUGAAAAUAUUCGAAGCAGCUAAAGUUCCCAUUCAAUGGGAGGAGAAGAACGUGACUGCUAUCAAAGGACCUGGAGGGAAAUGGAUGAUUCCUCCUGAAGCCAAAGAGUCAAUGGACAGAAGCAAAAUCGGACUAAAGGGACCUCUGAAGACCCCUAUCGCUGCUGGCCAUCCUUCUAUGAAUCUGCUGCUUAGAAAGACAUUUGACCUGUACGCAAACGUGCGUCCCUGUGUGUCCAUUGAGGGCUAUAAGACUCCUUACACAGACGUCGACCUGGUUACCAUCAGAGAAAACACUGAGGGAGAGUACAGUGGAAUUGAACACGUGAUUGUAGAUGGGGUUGUGCAGAGCAUAAAGCUGAUCACAGAAGAUGCCAGCCGACGCAUAGCUGAGUACGCCUUUGAGUAUGCUAGGAAUAACCAGAGAACCAGUGUAACCGCUGUUCACAAGGCCAACAUCAUGCGCAUGUCCGACGGCCUGUUUCUGAGGAAGUGCAGAGAAGUGGCUGAAAACUACAAGGAUGUCAAAUUCACUGAAAUGUACCUGGAUACAGUGUGUCUGAAUAUGGUGCAGGAUCCCACUCAAUUUGAUGUGCUUGUUAUGCCCAACCUGUAUGGUGAUAUAUUGAGUGAUCUUUGUGCCGGAUUGAUUGGAGGUCUAGGAGUGACUCCUAGUGGCAACAUUGGUGCUAAUGGUGUUGCCAUAUUUGAAUCGGUACAUGGAACUGCACCAGACAUUGCUGGUAAGGACCUGGCCAACCCUACUGCUCUGCUUCUGAGUGCAGUGAUGAUGUUGAAGCACAUGGGACUGCAUGAUCAUGCCAAGAAAAUCGAGACCGCCUGCUAUGACACCAUCCGAGACAAGAAGGUUUUGACCAAGGAUCUUGGUGGAAAUUCCAAGUGUUCAGAGUUCACAGCUGAGAUUUGCCGACGAGUACAGGACGUGAACUGAGACACGGAACACUAUUAUGUGACCGGUUAUCUGUGGUCCGGUUUCUGCCUCCGAAAGGCACACAAAAAAAUUUGCCUUCAUAUCAUUCUAUCUGUAUUUGCACACAAUUAUGCUAUAAACGUACAUGUAUAUCUAAGACAAAAAAAAACUUAACCUUAACUUCGAAGUUUAUAUUUUGUUUAUUUCGCCUCCAAAACAAAGAGAACUGUUCAAAUUCGUCAGUGGUAUCAAUGUGCAAAAUGUUUUCUUUUUCUUUCUUUCUGUCAAAUGAAAUGCAUAACCGAAGAUUCUUUAUUUAUUAACUAGAGAUGUUCUCUGGUUCUCUGGUUCUCUGGUCCCUCAUGUUUUAACAUAACCACUUUGUCACUGGUUUAAUGGUGUAAACUUGGUCAAUUUAAGACAUUAAGUACAUUAAAGUUGCUGAUAUUUUGAA